UGAACAUUUCAUUCAGCGGAUCAGGGGAUGAGAAGCGUCACCCAGUUUCUCUCGUAGUUUAUCUCGCUGACCAGAUUUCUCUUGCCUGGUACUUGGUUUACUGACCAGACGACCGCCGUGCUGACCAGACGACCGCCGCGCUGACCAGACGACCGCCGCGCGUACGGCUACUCGCGGAGAUAUGGACCUAAUAAUUUAAUGCUAUCGCAACAAGUCGCUAUUCUACUUUUUACCAGCAUUAUCAGUUGAAUUCACAGGUGUGCGAUGGGGAACUCGUAUGCCGGCCAGUUGAGGACCACGCGUUUUGAGGAGGUCCUUCAUAACUCCAUCGAGGCUUCUCUCCGCUCCAACACUGUGGUGCCACGGCCUGUCUUCUCACAGCUCUACCUGGAGGCAGAGCAGCCACCCCUGCACAGUGCAGGCCGGGUGGAGAAUGAGGAGGAGGAAGAUGGCUCAGAGUCCAACAGCCCCCUCAUUCCAUACCAGAUGAAGCCCCCGCCAGAAGGAUGCUGCACCACGGACGGGUUCUGCCAGGCCGGUAGGGACCUGCGUCUGUCCUCCCUGGCGUCAGAGCCUCUAAACGUGGCCCCAGGGUUCCUGCUGGUAGGGGCCAAGUCCCCCAGUGCACCAGACACACUGCUGGUGUGUUCUGUUGACCGCAGGUUCCUUCCCGACGAACGAGGACGUAACGCACUGCUGGGGUUCUCUGGGAACUGUAUGGGCUGUGGAGAAAAGGGCUUUCGCUACUUCACUGAGUUCUCCUACCACAUCAACCUGAAGCUGAGCACCCAGCCCAAGAAACAGAAGCACUUAAAGUACCACCUGUACAAGGACAGCCAGGGUCAGCUGGUCAGAGGGGCUGCUAUCUGCUGGAAGGGCCUCGAGACUAGAGGGAGACAGACAGCGCCCAACGCCUCUGACGGUCAUGUGAUCUCAGACGAGCACCUCCUCAAUCCAGCAGUCACCGCUCACCCUGGACACCCACCCGGCAGCUCCACUGGUGCACGCACGCUCACACCCAGCACGCUCACACCCACCGGCGCCCCUGUAGUUCCCAUUGGCCAUCCUCACCUGGCCGACCUCCGCCCUCCCCUGACCAAUGGGAGCCACACACCCCUAUCCCAGAAUCCUUUGCCCCAUACGGCCGUACUGUCCAAUGGACCAGGGAGACCCACAGUUAUAGGUACAUUCAAUGCGGGACCACCUAAAAAGAGACACAAAGGCUGGUCCCCUGAGUCUUCUGCUGUGAAGACCCCCCCAUCUUCCUCUUCCUCAUCGCUCACCAAUGGUGCCAAACCAGACCAUACCCCCCCAGAGAGUGUGUCCCAGGGGUCCUCCAACCCCCACUCUCCCCCCGGGCCGUCUGUCACGGUGCCUGAUCAACUGCUGCACACCUGCAGACUCCAGCCCGUCAUCUUCAGAGGUCACGGCAGCCUACCCCCGCUGAGUGGUAAGGUGUGUGAUGUGCAGGUCAGCUCCCUGCUCCAGAGCUGCUAUCAGAGCAGCCAGGCACUACCCAGGGUCUACCAACACUACGAACCCUCUCCCAUACAGCCCCUCUCUGUGGAGAUGCAGAUACUACUCACUGUAUACUACCUGGUGCAACUAGGCCCAGACCAGGUCCCACUGAUCCAGGACCUGGAACAGAUCUUCAUGCGCUCCUGGAGAGAGUCCCAUCUCCGUGAGAUUCGCCAGCACCAGCAGCCCCAGCCUGGCCUCCCCCAGGCGCCCUCUACUCUGAUUGGGCUGCCACAGGCCCAGGCCCUCACCCCUUCCCAGCUGCCCUGGCUGGCCCAGCUGGCAGCCUCGUCAUGUGGGGAGGGUGUGGUGGUGCUGGAGGAGAAGGCCUCGAUGGCUCUGGGGCUGGCUGGCACCUUCACUAGGCUGAUGGAGGGACGGCUGGCUCAUACCAGCUAUGUGGUCAUCAUCUGUACAGCCAAGGGACAGGAGACUGAGUCCUGUGUGGUGGUGACAGGUAAACACCAGUGUCGUAUCCUGAUUGAGGGCAUGUUCAGUCCCAGUGAUAGUCUGAGAGAGAUCAGUCAACAGCUGUCCUCUGGCAUGACCCAGAAACUCACUGCCUUCUGCAACUCUCUGGGGCCUGAUGGUGAUGUAGAUGUGUUGCUGGGGAGUGCUGCUGGGGAGAGCAGGAGCCAGCCGCCCCCCCUGUCCAGCAGUCAGGAGUCCACAGGAGACAGCAGCCCUGGAGACAGACAGACGGACAGAGCUACAUGCAGCCCCAAAGAGCCAGCCACAGACAGACACACAGACAGCCCCGAAGACAGAGCUGAGAGCCACAAGGACUCCUGCUCAGAGUACUGUGUGGAGUGGCGGGAAGUGCGGCCCAUCCAGUUGGUGGUAGCCAGGAAAAUGCUGUCCCAUGUGUGUGCCAUCGCCGACUCCAGCACUCAGAACCUGGACCUGGGCUCCUUCGACAGGGUCCACUUCCUCAUCUGUGUCCCUCCAUCUGAGGUCACCUUCCAACAGACUGUACUGCACCUCUGGAACUCAGGUGUCCUCCAGCAGCUGGGGUUGGAUCAGGAAUGUCUGUCUCAGAGAGAAGCUGAGCACUACGUGGUCAAGAUGGACAAGGAGGCGAGGGCGCGCAUUGAUGACCUCAUACAGGAAGCGCACAGAAACUCUAACACACUCUACAUCCUGAUCCACGACCACGCACACUGGGACAUCAGCAGUGGGCCGUACAGUGCCAGCGGUGGUGACUUCGGCGGUGGGUUGGUGGACAGCCUGCUCAACUCCCUUCAGAUCAGAGAUGCCACCAACAUCCUGACUCUCCACGUCACCUCGUUCCCCUUUGCCCUGCAGACACAACACACACGUAUCAGCCCUUACAAUGAGAUACACUGGCCCUCUGCUUUCAAUAACGACAUGGAUCUGUACCAUGAGAAGACACGGUACUUUGGUGUGUCUGAGCUGCUGGACUCGGCUCGUUCAGGCAGCGGUCUGCCUCUCCUCCGCUACGACAGCUCCUUCGAAAGCAUGGCCUCUGUCCUGGAGGAGAGGUUCCCCAAGUUACACAGUGCAGUGAUCCGGACCCAGGUUCUGGUCCAGCACUACUGUGUGGCUCUGAUGGCCGUGUCGGGUCGGCCUGGCUCAGGGGGGCGGAGCAUACAUAAACACACGUCCGUCGAGACGCUGGAGAUAGUCCAGAGUCUGCUCAGCUCCGCCCAGCGAUGCCCCACCCACCACGGUCACAUGGUGCUGCUACGGAUCCCCUCACUGGCUCUGGCAGGGUGGGCUCACCAGCGGCUGGCGUGGGUCAGACAGAGACUGGGGCUGGGGGAGCGCUUUGAGAUCAUCCUGGGAAACCCCAGCCAAGCCCUCAGCAUAGGACAGAGCUUCACUGAGCGCAUCAAGGCAUGGCUGAAGAUCCAGGAGACAGACUGGGUUCCCCGUACCUACCUGGAGCUAGAGGCUCUCCCCUGUAUCCUCAUCCUCUCUGGGGCAAACCCCCUGGGAGAGUCCCUACCCAGAUCACUGAAGUACUGUGACCUGCGUGUGAUAAGCUCCUCCUACCUGCAGCGCACGUCAUUGGAGGAGGAGCUGGGAUUGGCUGCCUACCUGAUGAGGGUGGAGUCCCAGGGGUCACAACCCCUCAGACACGGCCUCGGUAGCGACCUAUCAGAGAGCGACCGGGACAAACUCAGCAGUACCGACAACGAGGAGGAGGGGAGAGAGAACGCUCUGAAGUUGGAGCUCCCUGGUUUGGGUCAUUUCCCUCCCCCUCACUCAGCCCCCCAGCCCCUCCGACCCUUCUCCGACAGCAGUGCUGCGGCCACCCACCAGCUCCACACCACCCCCCCUGACCCCCAUCACUCCUCCCCCUGUCCAAACUCCAACCCACCUAACCCCUCCGACACCCAGCGAUGGCCCUCCAAGUCAACCUCCUCUGACUCCUCCUCCACCCUCCCCCCCUCCCCCCUUCAGAGCUGCUCCUGGGCGCGGGGGGUGAGUCGCCCCCCCUCCGUGCUGCUGCCCCGGGCGCUCUAUGACAUCAUCACGGUGUGCGACGAAAGCGGACUGCCUCGCUGCACCUCCUUCCUGCCGCACCGGUCUGUAGCCUGGGCCAGCUCCUUCAGACCUCUGCUGAGUAAGAUGAUGACGUGUACAGAACAGUCUCUGUAUUACCGCCAGUGGACCAUCCCAAGGCCUUGCCACAUGGACAGCAGCAACCGUCCCGCAGAGGGACGCACGGACAACUUCCAUCCCCGCAGACUGCUGCUCAGCGGGCCCCCACAGGUGGGGAAGACAGGGGCGUACCUCCAGUUUCUGGGCAUCCUGUCUCGUAUGCUGAUCAGACUGAUGGAGGUGGACAUCUAUGACGAGGAAGAGAUCAACACCAGUGACCAGCUGGAGUGUGUCCAGUACCACCCAGCCUGUGCCCCCUGGCCGAUAAUAGACACACUGAGGGGCAUGCCCUUCGACUACACCAUCCACAACCCCAAAUAUGAAGACAUCAGCACUGUCUAUUGCCCUGACUACUACCCGAACACUGACGGAAACCCCAGACGCAAGGAGGACGUGUAUCUGCGGAGGCGUACGGCCAGGAUCAAACUGUCCAAAUACGCAGCCUACAACACCUACCACCACUGUGAACAGUGUCACCAGUACACGGGCUUCAACCCCGGAUACCAGAUGUAUGAAUCGCUGCUGCAUGGCUUCACCUUCUCCCACCGGCUGCUGGGGGAGGAGAUCCAGCUCUACUUCAUCAUCCCCAAGUCUAAACAACACCACUUCAGCUUCAGCCAACCAGGAGGCCAGCUGGAGAGCAUGAGACUGCCCCUCACCUCCGAUUGGAACCCAGACUGCAUCAAGAGCCCCAUCUUCACCCCGACAACGGGUCGUCAUGAGCACGGCCUGUUUAACCUGUUCCACGCCAUGGACGGGGCGGCCCACCUCCACAUCCUGGUCAUCAAGGAGUACGAGAUGGCUGUCUAUAAGAAGUACUGGCCCAACCACAUCAUCCUGGUGCUGCCCACCAUCUUCAAUGGAGCCGGCAUCGGUGCUGCCCACUUCCUGAUCAAGGAGCUGUCCUAUCACAACCUGGGGCUGGAGCGCAGGCACAGGCUGGAAGGAGGGGGGCUGCCGGCCGACAUCUGGCCCUUCAUCAUAGUCUCUGAUGACUCCUGCGUCAUGUGGAACGCCGUGGACUUGGACUCACACAGUGCCUCAGGGCCUGUAGAGAGGAACGUGUCUCUGAAGCAGGUGCUGCAGCACAUGGAGGCGUGUCCUGACCUCACCCAGUACGGCCUCUGUGGGAUCAGGAAGUGGGGCAGUCGCUCCCCGGGUCAGGGGAAGGGGGGAGGAGCUCGUCACGAGGAACCGUUCUCCAGAGGACACCUCCACGACUUCCUGCUUCUCAAUGUGGACCUGACCCAGGACGUCCAAUACAACGAGAACAGGUUCAUGUGUGAUGAUGUGGACUUCACCCUGCGAGCCCACAGUGCCGGUCUGCUCAUCUGUCGUUUCAACAACUUCAGUGUGAUGAAGAAACAGAUCGCUAUCGGAGGAUACCGUACCUUCAUCAUCAAGACCAAGAUAACUGACGUCCCCACCUCCAUCCAGCCGUCACAGUAUAUCUGUGCCCCGGACAGCAAGCAUCCAUUCCUGGCCACGCCUGCACAGCUACUGCUAGAGAAAUACCUGCAACACACCAGCCAACGCCUUUUCCCCCUCAGCGCACGCAACUACACACACCCCAUUCUGUCUGUAGACUGCUACCUCAACCUGGGGCCUGAGGUGACGGUGUGUUUUGUGAGUUCCAGACCUCACUCCAUCAACAUCAGUACUGCGGAGCUGCUGUUCAGCGGCCUGCUGCUCUGCUUCUGUGAUUCCUUCGUCACACCAGGCUUUCUUAAGAAGUUUCACUUUCUCAAAGGGGCGAUUCUGUGUGUGAUAUGUGCUGACCGCAGCUCUCUGAGACAGACAGUGGUGAGGCUAGAGCUCGAGGACGAGUGGAGGUUCCGGCUGAGUGACGAGUUCCAGACAGCCAACUCUAAAGAGGACCGCCCCCUCUUCUUCCUCACAGGGAAACACAUAUGAACUGCCAUACCCCUCACCGUGAGCCCUGCAGUGGGGUCAAAACAGAAAGCCAAAAACUGGCUGUAUUCGUCUGGUGAAUCAAGCCAAUAACCCAUAGAAAGUAGUUGGUAGUGAAUAUAGCUACAGGUGAAGUCGGAAGUUUACAUACACUUAGGUUGGAGUCAUUAAAACUCGUUUUUCAACAACUCCACAAAUUUCUUGUUAACAAACUAUAGUUUUGGAAAGUUGGUUAGGACAUCUACUUUGUGCAUGACACAAGUCAUUUUUCCAACAAUUGUUUACAGACAGAUUAUUUCACUUAUAAUUCACUGUAUCACAAUUCCAGUGGGUGAGAAGUUUACAUACACUAAGAUGAGUGUGGGCUUGGAUAAGUCAAGAAAAUGAUAUCAUGGCUUUAGAAGCUUCUGAUAGGCUACUUGACAUCAUUUGAGGCAAUCGGAGGUGUACCUGUGGAUGUAUUUCAAGGUCUACCUUCAAACUCAGUGCCUCUUUGCUUGACAUCAUGGGAAAAUAAAAAAAAAAAUCAGCCAGGACCUCAGAAAAAAGAUUGUAGACCUCCACAAGUCUGGUUAAUCCUUGGGAGCAAUUUCCAAACGCCUGAAGGUACCACGUU